AUGGAGAUCAAUGGGAGCGAAAACGGUAUGGAUGGGCUCGACUGUUUCCCGGCUGAGGUUCGGACCUUGAUACUCGAACUGCUGGACCUCGAGUCUCUAUUAAAGUGCCACGACGUUUGCCAUUCCUGGAGAGAACACUCGCUUUACGAGACGAACUAUCUGCCCCACGUCCUCGAUGCCUAUAAUCAACUCACCCACGGAACACGACCACUCCCUGCGGACCUUCGAGGGUCGGAGAAAGCACAGUUCCUGAAAGAAUUGGUCAAAACAUCGAUGUCAGCGUUGCCGGUUUUUGCGGAAUGCGAGACGUUAAGGGAUAUUGCUGUCGUGCUGCACAGGUUGGACAAGUCUUGGCUUUCCGGCAGCAACACAAGCUUUGCAUCUUUGAACCGCGGCGAAGUUCAUGAUGCGCCUAUUUUGGCUGUUGCAAUCGAUGCAAGGACCGGCUCGAUUGUGACUGGAGACACUGGAGGGGUUGUGGCCUUUUGGAAUGCCUCCACUGGAAAUUGUUAUCAUCGAUGUCGGUUUCCAAUCAAUGGGACACAAUGGAAUUGGGCUGUGCCGUAUCGUAUUGCAAUCGACGGUGAUAUUAUGGUUAUUGGGACACCGUUUGGCGGUGCGAUUGUUGCAAUCCGCAAUCUAUCCGGUGGACCCGACCCAUUUCUCAAAGUCGCGGAAAUCUGGACCGAUGGUGGGCAGAUAGCGAGUAUUCGUAUCGAGGGCACCGUGUGCAUUCUUGGAGAAGUCGGACAAGUUAGUUUCUGGGAUUUAUCGAGAUUCGUGGGUAAUAAUGAUCAAGCCGUCACGAAUCUGCAAGUACCAAAUCUCAUGACCAUCGGCACUCAAAACGACGUUUCGCCGGUUCAUAGUUUGUUUUAUAGAGAAAGCUCCUUGUUUGUCGGGUUGGCGGGGAGUGGAAUCCAGCAGAUUGUUUCUGAAUGCGGGCAGGCUCUGUCUCCGAAGAAACAGCUGUGGGAGCUUCCACCAUCGCAUUAUAUAUUGCUGGUGUCUGGGCCGGAGAUUCCUGGUAUUGGAGACGUAGGGUGCUCCCAGCUAUGCCCUGUUGGAGCCGAUGGUGAUAUUCUUGUUUCGUGGGCGGAUUCAUCUAUUUGUCGUAUGAGUUGGACUUCGAAGGUGGAAGACGAAUUAGUUUGGGAACCAAGGUCUCAGUUCUUGAUUCGGGUAGUCGAUGGUCCAUAUAAGAAGACCAUUGCAAUCUACGCUCGCGGAGAGAAAGAGAUAUGCCGUAUUAAGCCGAACGCUAUCGAAAUGUUUCGAGAGGAUGGGAUUUUGAUUAAUCGCAUACCCUGCAACUACGGCGCAAUCAGUUGCGUAGCUGUCGACCCCGCUUUCAUCGUAGUGGGAACAAGAGAAGCAGCAGUUUGCGUCUACUACUUUGCACCAGGGCGGCAAGUACCCGCGUAUGGACAAGGUCCGUCCUCUUCCGCCGCAACCAGUACCCUGCGAUCGCCUUCAUUGGAGAGAAAGCAUACUUACAAAAGGAAGUACCGCGAGGCAAUGGGCAUGGAUCUUGAAACCCCAAUGGUUGUUGGUGGAACCGUCAUUGACCCCGACAGGAUUCGUACGACGACGGCGACGGCGACGAAAGAUAUUUCCAAGAGCAGACCUGCUAAGCUCGCCACGGGGCCAAGGGCUAACGUCAAAAUUCCGGUUCCCACACCAUGA